AUGUACCGAGCAGCUGAGUUUGCGGAGAAUCGGGUACAGAGAAGCUCAACUGCGGAUACUAUAGAGAACAAAAGUUCUUUGAUGCAGAAAUUUGAAGAGCUCCGUGUAGUCGAAGUUCCAAAAUAUCGCCAGACUACAUUUGUCAAGUUUACCGCUAUAUGCCUCUACAACUUCGAACUGGGUUCUAUUCAAGCCACUGAGAAACCGUCAAACGCUGCUAAAUUGACUCUGAAAGGACUGGAUCGAACUUUCCAGGCUGGUGUACAAGCAGAGUUUAUGUUGUGCCCAAAGACAUCUGGAGGAGAGAUGAGUGACCAGGAUGAUCUUGAAGAUCAAAUCCAAUUGCUGAUAAAACCCGCCAAAGAUGUAACAAACGUGAAUAUCGAAGACAAAUAUGACGGAAAUCUUAGGUUAAUAUUUACUCCCAAAGUACCUGGGGCCUACAGUGUUGAAGUGAAGAUUAAUGGCGAUAAACUACCUACCUGUCCCGUGACCGUGCAAGUCAAAGAACGUGAACUUGUUGUGGUCGGCGAGUUGAAGCUAAAGGUAUUUCCAGGAGACACGCUGAAAGGAUUAAAUGGAAUUGCUGUGAAUACAAAAGGCGAGAUAGUUGUGACAGAUGACAGUCACCACUGUGUUUAUGUUUUUGAUAUAGAUGGAAACUGUUUGAGAAGAAUUGGAAGCAGAGGGAGCAAUACAGGACAAUUUCUUUACCCUAGCGGAAUUUUGUUUUUAAAUGACAACGAAAUCUUAACCGCAGAUAGCGGCAAUAAUAGAAUACAACGACUGAAUGUUCAGAAAGGAACUAUGUUGAAAAGUUUUGGGAAACGUGGCAGAAAAAGGAGAUGGAAUCACUGUAUCAAAGCUUUUGAUCAGUCAGGAACAUUUUUAUACAAGUUUGGCAAAGAAGGGAGUCAAGAUGGACAAUUUUACUUGCCGCGUGGUUUGCUUAUAGACAGCUCUAGUAAUCUUCUAGUAUGCGACGUUGGCCAUGAUCGAGUUCAGCAGUUUUCUUUGGACGGUCGCUUCACAGGCAAAAGUAUCACUCAUUUAGCGAUAUCUAUGGCGAUAACAACAGCACCAGAUGAGAGUAUUCUUGUGACCAGCUCUUACAAAAAAAAAAGUAGACAAAAACCUUUUGACUUGAAGUAA